UGUCCUCCUGCUGCGUCCCCGGCCAUAUCCUCUGGCCAAUGCCGGCAUCCGUCUUCCGGGUUCCGUUCAUUGCAAGCGCCUGGACGUACGGGGGACGGAACCGGCGGGAGAUUCAAAAAUGUCAAAUAAAAUCUGAUAGUAUUACAUUACUGUAUCAAACCAUUUCACAUACAUUUUGUACCUACUGCUUUGUCCUGUGCCCUGCCUGCAUUUUUACUGUUCUUUCUGCCUGGAAAGUGAGAGACGUCCAUGGCAUCCAAAAAGCGUCCCUUUAGGUCAAAAGCGGUUUUAGACCAGCUAGAGAACAGCGAUAGUAAAUUAGAACCACUUGCAGAAUUGA